UUCAGCUUCCUUCUAACUAGGGUUGUGAAGGCAUGAGUGAGUAUUGUACAAUUCUCAGGCCCUUGGACAAAGGGGAGGGAGGAUAGGGGCGGACCUCUCAGCUUUUUCAUUCUUUCCUACCAUGAACCACCAGUUCUCGCAAUCGGCUGGCGACCAGUCUGUUCCUUUUCUCUUUUAGCCGCUGAGUCCCACUUGCCGAGCAGACAGACUUAUUGCUGUGCUGGGAGAGGAAGCAGCCUGGACACCCAGAAGCAGGGGCCCUUUCUCUGUGGGAAGAAGAGAAGGUGCUAGACCUCUUCGAGACACCUUAUCCAGACAUUAGGAUGAAGGCCUCCCUGGCCUCUAUGUUGUUGUUGUUGCUGCUGCUGCUAUGGGGACCUCCCUGUGGUGCCCAGUGCUUCAGUAACCAGAGCCUAGUGGAGGGUACACUGAACGUAAGCUACCAGAAGAAUUGCACAUGGCUGGACUGGAAUGACUUUCUUGGUAUAAACAACCUGACCCUCCUGAACCUCAGCCACAACCAGCUGAUGGAACUGCGGGGGAGUUUCCAGAACCUGACCAUCUCCCACCUUGAUCUGUCGGCGAACCGACUGCAAAAGUUUCUGCUGGACUCCUUGGGCCACUUGGAGUAUCUCAACCUGUCCGGUAACCCUCAGCUGGCCGCGGUCCCCCACAAUGUGGCAAGCCACUGCUGGCUGAAACUGCGAGUGGACUGUCGCUGCAAUGUGGCAGGAAGCGUGGUCCUUGCCCGCAACUGCUCGUCUGCCCAUCCGGAGUGCAGCCACCUGCAGGGCAAGGUCCUCGACCUCGCCACCUUCUACUCUGGGUGCCACAACAACCGGAUGGCGCUCAUCGCGGGGGUCGCUGCCGCCGUAGGAGCUGUCAUCAUACUGGGUGCCGGAAGCAUAGUGGUGUUGGUCAAGCGGAAGCGCCGAAGGGAUGUGACAGUGCAGGAGAAGUGGAGCAGCGGCGUGGGGCCAGUUGCUGCCAGCCAGCAGCCCCGCUACAGCAGCCGGAGCCCCGUGGUUCUCGACGGCGCCAAUCCCGACGAAGACUACGAAAACGUGUUUGAGGGUAGCCCUGUGGGUGUGCAUCUCCAGGAGAGGGACCCAGGAGAAGGGAUAAGCAACAGGGUCAGGCUGCCAGAGGACGAAAGCAACUACAUGAACUAUAAGAAUCUCGAGGACACUGAGCAGCCUAUCUACUGCAACCUGCCGGACCUGGGCUACUGCCGCCCAUGGGAGUUGGAGACCAACUUCCAGGAGCAGCACAUCAUGCCAGAACAGUGAAACAUUCCCGGCUCAGUCCCACCUCCCCUGGGGCAGCUCAGCCCAGGCCUGGGCCGGACAGCGCAGGACACCUGGGCCCAUCAGAUCCAAAACCAAGCCCCGAGCUGCGAUGGCACAGAGAGGGGUCAGAGACGGAACCAGAGUGAGCCCCAGAGCACCCCCUCUCUCUGAGCUGUGGUCAGGGAGGCAUCCUGGUGUUCCCAGGCAGCCUGGACACCUUUUACCCUAACCCCCACCCCCACCCCCGUAAUCCUUGGUGAUGCUUUCAGACAGGGCAGGUCUCUGAGCUCUCUCUCCUCCAACUUCCCAGGACACAACCGAGUCUCUUCAAGCUCUGUCACCUCAGGAAACCACCUCCCUCUCCUUUCCCCACAGGUGCGUGCAGAAAAGGGAAAGAUGAUGGCUGCCCCAUUCCCUUCUUUAGCUGUAGCCAGGGACCCUGGGGGCAGAGAGGCCUUCUGGAGAGUGAGUAUUGAGGAGCAAAAACCUCAGCGCCUUCUUCCGGGUUUGAGGAGUGGGGGUGAGGGAGAAGCUGGGCUUUAGAGCCGGACUGGAAUUGGUCACUGAGACAUUUCCUUCCUCUUUAUAAACCAUACACCAAACAGCCUCUCA